AUGGCGUGUACGUCUGCUGUGUUUGUUUGGUUCAUCUUUCUACAGACCUCUCUUGCAUUGUACUUCCAUAUUGGGGAAACUGAAAAGAAAUGUUUCAUCGAAGAAAUUCCUGACGAAACAAUGGUUGUAGGCAAUUAUAAAGUUCAGGCCUAUGAUCACAAUGUCAAAGAGUACUUGCCCGUCUCACCUGGGAUUGGCAUGCAUGUUCAGGUUACAGAUCCUGAAGAUAAAAUUAUCUUGUCCAGGAUGUAUGCUGCAGAGGGCAGGUUCACAUUCACCUCUCACACUGCUGGUGAACAUGUUAUAUGCCUCAAUUCAAACUCCUCGUCCUGGUUCGCUUCUGGGCAGCUGAGAGUUCAUCUGGACAUCAAUGUAGGUGAGCAUGCUGUUGACUACCAGCAAGUCCAGGCCAAAGACAAGCUGACCGAGUUGCAGCUGAGAGUCCGACAGCUGCUGGACCAGGUGGAGCAGAUCACCAAGGAACAAAACUACCAGAGGUACCGGGAGGAACGGUUCCGACAGACCAGUGAGAGCACCAACCAGCGCGUUCUGUGGUGGUCUAUAGCCCAGACCCUGAUUCUUCUCAUUACUGGCUUCUGGCAGAUGCAGCAUCUGAAGAGCUUCUUUGAAGCCAAGAAACUAGUCUGA